AUGCCGUCGGCCGAGCGUUCCAAUACACGCUUGCUGGACUUGGAGGACCUGGACGCUGAUACCGCGCCGCUAUUCGUCAUUAAAGCGGGUGAUAUAGCGUUGGGUUUCGACUUUCUCUUCUGCAAUGAAGUAUUCCGAGAACUCCGUCUCAGCAAUCCCAUAUUGGCUAAUGACAGAGCCGCACUCCUCUUCCGCUCCUGGGCGCAGGCUUUGGGUGAAUACAAACCUCGGUAUGAUUUUGGUGGCCGCGUCUGGACUGCCGAAAUAUCGGGGCGGAAUGGCGGUUGGAAGGUAGUGAGAGCGAUAGAAUCCGACACGCAGCAGCAGGAUUCACCGCCGUUGGAGGACAACAUGGAUGACAACGAUCACUUUAGUAUUGGUCAAACCCCGGUCUUCACACGAUCGAAGGCACAGUUGGUUAGCGAACUCAAGCGCGACAGAAUGGCAUCACUCAAAAACAUACCAUACACAAACCUUCAUGCCAGAUGGGAAAGUAUCCAGACGAUGAUGGAGAUGAGUGAUGUUGGCGUAUUUGAGUACAAUGCAGAGGGAAAGCUUUUACAUGCAAAUGAGGCAUGGUAUAGGCUGAGUUCCCAACCCAGAGACGCCAAAGCUGACGAGUACUCAUUCAUGGAUCUUGUUUAUCCGGAUGACCAAGCACUAGUAAUGUCCAUGUGGAACACGCUUGCCCAAGGAAAAUCCGUUACUUUUGAGAUGCGUUGGAAGGCACGCCCAGGGACGAAAGACACUGCGCAAUGGGUACUCUCAGCUUGUGUUCCCGUGUUCGAUGAUGACAAGCGAUUGAUCGGUAUUGCGGGCAAUACAAUAGACAUCAACGCACAGAAGAAGUCACAAGAAGCAGCACAGGCGCAGGUGGAAGCACUCGAACAAGCGCGGCUGGCAGAGAUGAAGUUUGCGCGAUUUGCCCAAGUUUCACCUACGGCUAUCUACAUAUACGUCCCGGAAAGUGGCAUGAACUUUGUCAAUGAUCAGUUCUUUGAGCUUACGGGUCACGCACAUGCUCCAGUCAACCAAUACGAGUGGUUCGAUCUAGUCUCUAACGAAGAUGUGGCGAGAGUGCAAAAAGAUUGGGAAGUUAUGCUCAAAGGUGGUAAAUCCAAUGGAGUGCAAUUCCGUUUGAAGAAGACAUGGGUCAACCAAGAUGGCAUACGGUCAAACAUAUGGGUGCAAAGUUCGAGCUAUCCAGAGCUGGACGAGAGCGGAAAAGUGAUCAGCAUAAUGGGAACAUUAUUCGACAUAUCACAGUUCAAAUGGGCGGAGAGCGUCCAGCGGCGCCGCAUAGAUGAGGCGUUGGAAGCCAAACGACAACAAGAGAACUUUAUCGAUAUGACAUCGCACGAACUUCGCAAUCCACUGUCAGCGGUUGUACAAUGCGCCGACUCAGUCAUCGCUUCACUCCAACAAUUAUCCGGACGCCAGCUCGCAGCAUCAAAACAACCGUCCGACAUCUCCAGGGCAGAAGCGGAAGUUCAGAGCUGCAUCGAAUCGCUUCUCAUCAUUGUGUCGUGUUCGAUGCAUCAGAAACGCGUUAUUGACGACGUACUCACCUUGUCUAAGCUUGAUUCUAACUUGAUCCUGAUUACGCCGAUGCGUGUCCAGCCUGCGGUCGUGGUGUCGGACGCGGUAAGGAUGUUUGAAGUCGAGUGCAACCAGUCAGGUAUCAAGCUCACUUUCCACGUUGAUGAAACUUUCAACGGCAUGGACUGGACAAUGCUCGAUCCGUCGCGUUUGCUACAGGUUCUCAUCAACCUACUUACCAACGCCAUCAAAUUCACCAAAGACCGCCCUCAAAAGGCUAUCACCGUUACUAUCGGUGGUUCCUGGAGCCGCCCACCGAAAUGCUGGAACGAAGUAACCUUCACCGAUGAUGAAAAGCCCAAGACCGAUGUUACAGAUAAGGCAGAAUGGGGUGAGGGCCGUAAAGCGUUCCUAUGGCUCAAGGUCAAGGACACUGGCUGCGGGAUGACCACGGAUGAGCAAAAGAAACUCUUCUCCCGUUUCUCGCAAGCCACGCCGCGCACACACAUCAAAUACGGAGGUUCGGGGCUAGGCCUGUUCAUUUCCAAGUCCCUCACCAAGUUGCAAGGAGGAGCUAUCGGGGUUCACUCAGAAAAGGAAGAAGGAUCGACGUUCGCGUUCUUCAUCAGCGUCCGCCUCGCGCAUUCACCAGCUGACCAUGUCACCGCUCGAGCGGUACAAGCACGACCCGUUCCUCGUAGAACGAUGACAGGCGAGGAAGCCAUGCAAACGAUCAAACUCAACGUCUUGAUUGUAGAAGACAACCUGGUCAAUCAAAAGGUGCUUCGAAAGCAGCUGCAAAAGUUUGGUUGGAACAUCAGUGUGGCUGGCAACGGCCAAGAGGCGCUGGAAUGGCUGAAGGACAGUGUCUAUUGGCGAAACGAGAAAGACAGCUCUACUACUGAGCACAGACACGAACUCGACAUCAUUCUUAUGGACAUUGAAAUGCCCAUCAUGGAUGGCCUUACCUGCGCCCGCUUAAUCCGCGACUACGAACACCAGGGCCUUCUCGUGGCUCCGUCGGCUCCGCAUUCCGCGUCGCCUACCCAACCUCGCCACAACAAAACUUCGUCUACUUCAUCCGCUUCCCAUGAAAGGCCUGACAAACAAUCCCUUCGCCUUCCUAUCCUAGCUGUCAGCGCGAAUGCGCGCAUGGAACAGAUUGAACAGUCGCUGGCAUCGGGCAUGGAUGAUGCCAUCUCGAAACCCUUCCGCAUACCGGAACUUUGGCCCAAGAUCAGAGGGUUGGUGAAGAGAGUUGCUGAUGCUGAUACGAAGUCCAGAUCUUGA